CGGCAUGCAUUGCAUUGAGUUGAAUUGUUCUCCUCUCCCUCCGGCCUCCCUCUCUGCCUGCAGAUCGAUCAUGCACAUGCCUUUCCGAUCGACUCCGACGCUGAUCUCCGCCCCCACCUCACAGAUCGAGACUACAGGAUCAUCAUCCAUGACCAUGACGCGGCCCAGCUCCCGCCGCCGGCUGCGCUGACUCGUCGUUGCAUGGGCAACUACUCCUCCUCCACCUCCACCCCGACCUACGCCGCCGCCGCAGCAGCAGCGCCCGUCUACGACUUGUGCUUUCUUCGCUACCCCAGCAGCGGCGGCGGCAGCAGCAGCAGCAGCAGCAGCAGCUCCGGCGGCGGCAUGCCGAUUCGCAGCCACCAGCAGGUGCUGGCGUCGCCGACGGCGGUGCUCGGGCACGUGACCCCGCCGCUGCAGGAGCUGUACUCGAUGGGGCGGAAGCUGGGACAGGGGCAGUUCGGGACGACGUACCUGUGCACGGAGGUGGCGACGGGGGCGGCGCUGGCGUGCAAGUCGAUCGCGAAGCGGAAGCUGCUGAGCCCGGAGGACGUGGAGGACGUGCGGCGCGAGAUCCAGAUAAUGCACCACCUGGCGGGGCACGCCAGCGUGGUCACCAUCCGCGGCGCCUACGAGGACACCAUGUACGUGCACAUCGUGAUGGAGCUGUGCGAGGGCGGCGAGCUGUUCGACCGCAUCGUGGAGCGCGGCUACUUCUCGGAGCGCAAGGCGGCGGAGAUCACGCGGGUCAUCGUCGGCGUGGUGGAGGCCUGCCACUCGCUGGGCGUCAUGCACCGCGACCUCAAGCCCGAGAACUUCCUGCUCAAGGACCGCGCCCGCGAGGCGUCGCUCAAGGCCAUCGACUUCGGCCUCUCCGUCUUCUUCAAGCCCGGCCAGGUCUUCACCGACGUCGUGGGGAGCCCCUACUACGUGGCCCCCGAGGUGCUGUGCAAGCACUACGGCCCGGAGGCCGACGUGUGGACGGCCGGCGUCAUCGUCUACAUCCUGCUCAGCGGCGUGCCCCCCUUCUGGGCCGAGACGCAGCAGGGCAUCUUCGACGCCGUCCUCCGCGGCGCCCUCGACUUCGACUCCGACCCUUGGCCCACCAUCUCCGACAGCGCCAAGGACCUGAUCCGCCGCAUGCUGCGCUCGCCGCCCAAGGACCGCCUCACGGCGCACCAGGUGCUGUGCCACCCCUGGGUCUGCGAGGACGGCGUCGCGCCCGACCGCCCGCUGGCGCCCGCCGUCCUGUCCCGCCUCAAGCAGUUCUCGGCGAUGAACCGCCUCAAGAAGAUGGCGCUGCGGGUGAUCGCGCGGAGCCUGUCGGAGGAGGAGCUCGCGGGCCUCAAGGAGAUGUUCAAGGCCAUGGACACCGACGGCAGCGGCGCCAUCACCUUCGACGAGCUCAAGGAGGGCCUGCGCAGAUACGGCUCCAACCUCAGGGAGGCGGAGAUCAGGGACCUCAUGGACGCGGCCGACGUUGACAAGAGCGGCACCAUCGACUACGACGAGUUCAUCGCCGCCACCGUGCACCUCAAUAAGCUGGAGCGCGAGGAGCACCUGCUGGCCGCCUUCGCCUACUUCGACCGCGACGGCAGCGGCUACAUCACCGUCGACGAGCUCGAGCACGCCUGCAGGGACCACAACAUGGCCGACGUCGGCAUCGACGACAUCAUCCGCGAAGUCGACCAAGACAACGACGGGCGCAUCGACUACGGCGAGUUCGUGGCGAUGAUGAAGAAGGGCGCCAUCGAUAUCAUAGGCAACGGAAGGCUCACCUUUGGAAGGCCACCUUGUAGCGCUGCUACUGCUACUUCCGACGAUCCUUCUCCAUCCAUCUCUUCUCCUAGAUGAUGAUCAACAAACAAUGCGCGCAAUUCUUAAAUCAACAACUCCGAUCGAAUCGCAGGCUAUCUUCCUGCAGCCUAUACUCCUAAAGAUCCAUUGUUCUUAUUUUUUUUACCAUGCAUACAGCUGAUCCUUCCUUGGGGUACAAUAAAAUUGAGGACAUGUGAUUCAGAGAUAGAUCGAUCAAACUAUAUAUGCAUCCAUCAUGCAUGUAUGUAGUACUGUCUCUGUACAUGGUCUGUUCCGGAUGCAUGUCAGACAGAAGCAAGUGUAUAUAGGUGGGUGCCAAAUCCGAAAGAGAGUGCUUACAAAGCAAAUUAAUACUUUCUGUGUAUACAAUUUUGAUCAUUAACAUACAAACCUUUUUUGUAAUUGUAUAUAUAUGCAUGGUGAAUUCUGUGGCCCUUGGGUGGGUAUUGAUUAAGAGAUUUUUGCCACACAGGAAGUU